AUGGCCUCAGACGCGCGGCUCCCACCGGAGCGGUCGGCCUCGGAGGAAAGCGCCUUGMAGAGCUCUGGGGGAUUUAGCCUUCUCCCGCCUUCUCCUAGCAAAGCCUCUCCUGCCGCGCCGCCGACCUCCAGCGAGUUGCAGGCGAUCCUCAAGCCUAGGGCGGCGUCCUUCUCCGCGCCGUCGGCGAGCGGACCCCUGCUGUCCCAGCACCCGGCAGCGGUAGCUCAGCAAGCCGCAGGCGGGGUCCGUGCUACCGCUCCGGCCGCGUCCCCGCCACCCACACAGCAGUCCUCCCAGCGCGAUCAUGGUGUGCCCUCCGACUGGAGUGGCCUGUUGGACGAGCGCAGGCUGCUCGUUCACCUGCAUCUGGCCCAGCUUCGCGAAGAACGUCUGUGGAGGGGCGGCAACCUCCAGGCUGAGAUCUGCAAUGACUUCCAGAAAGUCGUGUUGUGGCUCCUGAAACGUGAGAACAUCUUUCACUUCUCUCAGACCACUUUUAACCUGGCUUUCACCAUCCUCAACCGCCUCCUGGUUUCAGCGAAGAUAAAAAGGAGGUUACUCCAAGUUAUCACAAUUACCUCCUUGAGACUUGCUGUAAAAAUGAAUGAAGAGGAGGAGUUGAUUCCACGCAUAAAAGACUUCAUAAAGCACUAUGGCUUUGGCUACACCCCGAAUGAGCUGCUGAGGAUGGAGCUGGCUAUUCUGGACAGACUGCACUGGGACCUACACACUGGGACGCCGCUGGAAUUCUUGACUAUAUUCCACUCCCUGGUGGUCCUGAGCCGGCCCCAUGUGGUGGAGCUGCUGCCUCAGAGGAAUCCUUCCCUCCACGUCGCGUCCCUGACCAGGCAGCUGCAGCACUGUAUGGCGGGCCACCAGCUGCUGCAGUUCAAGGGCUCCACACUGGCUUUGGUCAUCAUCACCUUAGAGUUGGAGAGGCUCAUGCCCGACUGGUGGACUCCUAUAUCUGAUCUGCUAAAGAAAGCACAGGUAGACAUCAACUUUCAGUACAGCUGCUGCAAGGAACUUGUAAAGCAGCACCUGGGAAGUUUGAAUCAGCCUCCCGCAUAG